AGGAGGUGUGCUCACUAGCCCCAUUGUGAGGAAGAGGGACAGAGAGCAGAGAGAGAGAGAAAAAGAGAGAGUGGGACGAGAGGAGAGCGGCUUCCUGGGUUAAAAAGAUCAGUGUUAGGCUAAUUUUCUCCUUUUUCACCCCCUCUUUGUCCAUUUCGGAAAAAGGGGAGCAGAUGGUUGGGCCUGACAGAGCAGACAGCACAACGCAAGUGCAGGCAAAAUAGCUGCUUUUACAGGAACACUGGGCACUGCAUUCAAGUUCUUCCUUUGUUUCCCAUAAUUAGCAGGUUUUCACAGCAAGAGAGGAAAUCUAUGUCGAGACGAGUAUUCAAGGAAGGCGGAGGCAGAGACAGAGAGAGGGAGAGGGAAACAGGACUUCAGGGGAGGGAGGGAUAAGCCCUGUGACAAUGUUUUGAAGGGGAGACAAAGCAAAGCAGCGACUGCACUCAGCUGGAUAGAUUGAGUUAGCUGCAUGGGAGUUCUCUCUCCAUUUGGAAUAUUAACAAUAACAUUGAUGUGUCUUUAACCUGCGAGGGUAUGAUGUUUAUCCCAUAAUAUAAACACGGCUAUGCUCUGGAGAUACCUUUGUUUAUUUGAAGAGAGGGGCCAUUGCAAUACGGAUAUAUUUGAUUCUGUUGCCUUUAAUACCUUUUCCCACUUUUUAGCAUCAUUUUGGAUUUUAAAAAGUAGCUAUCAAUUCCUGAUGAAAUUGUUGCUUGACUAUUCACAUAAUGACAAAUCAUCACAAAGAAGAGUGUGGAUUUCAACAAUGAGUGAGUUGUUUUUGUAAUGUUUUACUGGAAAACAGAGCCUCAUCCACAGGAGAGCUUCUUGGGGAACUGAGAAUGUUUAUCACAAUGGGAUUGACUCAUAGCCUACAAAUAAAAGUCAUUUUCAUUGGGGACACAGAAGAGGUUGGACUCACAUCAUUGUCUGGAAGACAGUGACUUUUUUGGGGGACAACCUCCUCGAUCUGUCGGCACCCCAACAAAGACCCAGGACUGGUUGUAACCCCAGACACAGUGACUCUAGAGGCUGUGAGUAACUUCAGAUUUUUUGACCCCCAUCCACUGAUUCCCUGGGUCCCUCUGGCUUUCUUGAGGCUGAUUUCACCCAGUCCAGUGGUGUCACGGAUGUCUGUGCGGUUUAGGGUGGCAGAGCUCAGACCAAUACUGCAAGAUGACAUCGGAAGACAUCUACCACCUGCCCCUCAACAUGUACGUCAUCAUUCUGGGCAUCGGCCUCUUCAUCUUCAUGCUCAGCCUGAUCUUCUGCUGCUACAUGUUCAGGUUAAGGCGACAAGGCACAAGGGAGCAAUAUGGAUAUAAUGAGGUUGUUUUGAAAGGAGCAGGAAAGAAACUGAGUCUUCUUGGACAGACCUGUGCCGUGUGCUUAGAAGAGUUCAAAAGCAGAGACGAGCUUGGAGUGUGUCCCUGCUCACAUGCCUUCCACAAGAAGUGUCUGUUAAAAUGGCUGGAGAUCCGCAGUGUCUGCCCCAUGUGUAACAAACCCAUCUGCCGUUUGCAGCCAGACCCCCCACAGGGCGCAGAGAGGCCCCAGAGCCCAAUGGAGGUGUGAGAUGAGCGAGGGCCCACACUGCAGCACCUCAACACCCCUAAUUACAGUUCCAACCUGCCUCAUCCCACUCCGCUGGACCCCUAAAAAUCACACCCUGGUCCAGUUGAAAUGAAUCAGGCAUCCCAUCCUGACGUCUUCCAUAUACCCCCAUCCUAGAGUUCUGACAGACUCUACUCUAGUUUUGAAGGUGUUAGACCCCUAAAGGUGUGUGUGAGAUGAGACAUUGAAGUGGAAGUCAUAGAACAACAUUGGAGAACAAACUGAAUGUUUUUAUUUUUUAUCUAAAAGGCAGGGGAUGGGUGAAGAGACCCUGUCCCAUGACCACCGGCCAACCCCUACAGGGGAAACAGUGGGUACUGAAAAAGAGUUGGGAUGCUGUGCAUUGGGCCCUACUUUCCCAAAUCAUAGUCAAUAACCCGCCAUCCCAUGUUGCCAAGUAAACAUAGGGUGUCCUGAUUGGUCGAUGAGUAACAUGGGUCCUGGAUGGAGGGAACACGCACAUACCAUGCCCACAGCUACCAUCAUGGGCCUAUGAGGUAUUCAGCUAUGACAUAGGGUGCAGUGACCCUGUCACUAAAUAACACGUCGGGGUCAUUCUUGACUUGCUUUGCCAUUUGGGCAUGGUAUUUUGGAAGAAAUUAACUUCAUUUUUGUUUGUUUUUAUUUAAAUGUACAGUAUAUGGGUACACCUUACUAUUCGAAAUAAACUUUUAUGGCAGCUUAAUGACUUUAAAUAUCAAGGAUGGUAAUGACACAUUUUAGGUAAUUGAGUAUUUUCUUAAAUGGAGAGCGCAGAUGCUCAAAUGUACUUAACCCUAAAGGGAUCUAAUUCAUCUUUUAAUCACAAUGUAAUUUCCCUUACAUUUUUAAAUUGAGUAAUACCAAAUGACCAUUUUUAUUUAGACACCAAGUCAUCAAUGGAAUCCUCAAAAUGAUGACAUGUUAAAAGGGUGUGAUUAGCUAAGAGCUUUAUUUAAUAUAGACCCCUCCCCUGAUAACAGUUUGCAGCUGGAGGGGAUGCUCAAGGUCCUUGUAUAUUUUUUGUGUAAUGAGUCAUUUCAGAAACCCCUAACUAAAAUCUGGCGUAAUUGCAUCAGAUGCCCGAUUAGCUUCUGGGGGAAGAUGUAUGAGAAAAGACACUUUAAACAAUGCAUUAAAUAUACAGUUUUGCAGUAGAAAUGGAUUUAUCUAUAUUUUAUCAAUGAUAAAAAGUACAAUAUAAACAAAAACAUGUAUGAUGUGUAACUAUUUGUUAUUUUAAAGUGUUUUUCAUUGUUGUAAAGCCGGGGGAUGCAAAUGCCAUUGCAAUUCAAGAAUGACCCAUCCAAUUAAAUAUAUAGUCAAAAUUAUUUCUAAGGAAUUGUUUUGUAUUAUAACUGGCUUUCAAUAAAGUGUAUUGUUUCAGUGA